GUCGUCAUUUCCAUGAAGAUGACCUCCUAUUUGUUGCAAACCUGGAGAACUUAAAUCCUUGUGCUUUAGUUACCAACACUUUCCUUAGAUACAUAUUCGCAUUUAGAGCAGUUGGAGACAGCUUGACCUAGGAACAGAGCCAUGAGUUAAGUCAAUGCUUCCGUCUGAGACGGGUCACCAGUUGUAGAGAAGUCUUUGAUCAUCUUUAAUGGCAGAAAUUUUCCUGGUACAGCAGGACCUGGAAGGGCUGAGUUUAUCCUUUGAGUCUUUCAUGAAUUACAAGUCCCAGCCAACCAGCUUAUACCAAAAUUUCAGAUCGAAAGAGGCUAUUAUGUUCAAAGGCAGGAGAACGAGUUUCUGUCGGGAUUUCGGCCUUCGUCUAAUUGGGGUAGCUUGCCUUUCCUAUUCUUUGGUCGGAGGCCAAGAACAGUUCGAUCAGUCCACUGCGACUGCAGGUCUUUCCACUAGCUGGACACUCAGCAAGAGUUCCGCUCAUGCAGAGUGGUUCAAUGAUGGGUCUUUUCUGCUGCCGAUACUGCACAUGGAGAUUUAUGGCUUUGGCUUCUAUAUGAAAGUCGAGAUCCCUGGAAAUUACUUCCUCGCCGUUUUCAUCCUGCCAUGCUAUGAUUAUGACUUGACUAGCACCCCUGGUCCUGGUUGUACCCCACAGCUUGUGUGGUCUCCUAACCGGAACUCUCCCGUGGAGAUGGGCUCAACCUUGGAGCUCGACUCGGGUGGAGAUUUGGUGUUGAAGGAUGCUGAUAGGACCGUCGUCUGGUCAACCAACACUUCUGAUUCAAUUUCCAUCCCAAGGACAAUAUCCGGGCAAUACAUGAAGUUCUGCUCAGACGGGCAUUUGAGAGUAUAUCAGUGGCUGGCUGAUGAGUGGAUAGAAGCGGUCGAUCUGAUGACAGAGCGGGUUGGAGAAUGUGGCUAUCCUUUUGUUUGCGGGAGAUAUGGAAUCUGCUCAAACAGAAGACAGUGCAGGUGUCCUCCAUCAAGCAACCAAAAUGUAUAUUUCAAGCCGAUGAGUGAUAAGCACCCCGAACUCGGUUGCUCAGAAAUUUCACCCUUGUCUUGUGGAGCUUCCCAGAACAAUAGCUUUCUCGAGCUACGUGGCAUCACAUAUUUCGAUUCUGGUUGGAGUCUCCAGAAUGUAACAGGAGAGAUUUGUAAAGAGGCAUGUGCAAAAAAUUGUUCCUGCAAAGCUGCCAUUUUUCACCCUGAGACGGACAGUGACAAGUAUUCUUACUGCUCUUUACUGUACGAGGUGUUCUCGUUAAUGGAUAAUGACAUUGAAAAGGCUGGAUAUAGUUCCAUCGCUUACAUUAAGGUCCAGGGCAUUCCAAAUCAAGUCCUUGCGAGUAGUCCCAAGAAGAACACAAGCCACCGGCCACUGGGACAUGCAAAUCGGCUUUUGGUUAUACUAGGAUCCUGCAUAGGUGCUGUUAUAAUUCUAGUUGGGGUUGUGGUUUCAUUUGUUCAGAAGAAGAAACGUGCUAAUAAGGGAGAGGAUGAAGAAUAUCUAGAUCAAGUGCCAGGAAUGCCCUCUAGAUUCUCUUACGAUGACCUCAAAGCCUUGACAGGGAACUUCGGCAAGAAGCUUGGGGAAGGGGGAUUCGGCUCUGUCUUUGAAGGAACUCUUACUGAUGGCAUGAGAGUCGCAGUGAAGCAUCUUCAAGGUUUAGGACACAUCAAGAACUCAUUUUUAGCAGAGGUCAAGUCCAUUGGCAGCAUCCAUCAUAUCAACUUGGUAAGGCUGGUGGGAUUUUGCUCUGAGAAAUCACACAGGCUUCUCAUUUAUGAGUACAUGGCUAAUGGAUCUCUGGAGAAAUGGAUUUUUAAAACCAAUGAAGUCGUGCUCAGUUGGCAACAAAGGAAGAAGAUCAUCCUCGACAUAGCAAAGGGGCUGAAUUAUCUCCUUGAGGAGUGUAGGCAGAAGAUAAUCCACCUCGAUAUCAAGCCCCAAAACAUCCUCUUGGACGAGAACUAUAACGCGAAGGUCUCUGAUUUUGGAUUGUCGAAGCUGGUCGACAGGGAUGAGAGCCAAGUCGUAACGACAAUGAGAGGAACUCCCGGCUAUUUGGCCCCUGAGUGGCUGAGCUCUGUGAUUACUGAGAAAGUGGAUGUGUACAGCUUCGGAGUAGUAAUACUGGAGACUGUGUGCGGUCGAAAACUUUUCGACAGCUCCCAGGAUGAGGAAGACAGGAAUCUACUGAAUCUUCUUAAGAGGAAGGCAAAAGAGGAUCGGUUCCUGGAGAUGGUCGAUAAGGAUGCGGUUGACCAACAGUUGUGUGAAGUGGAAGCCGUGACUAUAAUGAAGCUCGCUGCAUGUUGCCUACAAGCUGAGUACACAAGGAGGCCAUCCAUGUCUACUAUCAUUAAGGUGUUAGAGGGAGCUAUUGAAGUAGAAGAUGAUCUUGACUAUAACUUCUGGACCCAUUCUGUAAGAGUUCGCAGCAAGGCGAACACAUCUGGUGUCACUGCUCAAUUGUUGCCUUCGGUUUUGUCUGGCCCUCGGUGAAUCUCGACAUAUUGAUUAAAUGUCCUCUCUGGAUAACUUAUAAAGGAUGAUGCAUCAUUGCAACUGUAAGUCAUUAUUUCUGUUUCCUUUGCGAUUGUCGUUGUAAACUAUCCUAUUUACCUUUUUUGAAGGUGUGAUUUGUGAGGUUUCCCAUUUUAAUGGUUCGAUAGUUUUUGAUGUCA